AUGGCGAAAAGAUCUUUCAAGUUAGAACAUCCUCUGGAGAGAAGACGGGCAGAAUCUUCUCGCAUCAGAGAGAAAUAUCCUGACAGGGUUCCGGUCAUUGUUGAGAAGGCAGGAAAGAGCGAAAUACCUGACAUUGAUAAGAAGAAAUACCUUGUUCCAGCUGAUUUGACCGUUGGCCAGUUUGUUUACGUUGUUCGGAAGAGAAUCAAGCUAAGUGCUGAGAAGGCCAUCUUUGUCUUUGUCAAUGACACACUCCCUUCUACUGCUGCAUUGAUGUCUGCAAUUUACGACGAGAACAAAGACGAGGAUGGAUUUCUGUAUAUGACUUAUAGUGGCGAGAACACAUUCGGUGACUAUAAAGGCUGA